UCCAGUCGUGUUACAACAAUCAUGCAAAAUGGCUCUUACUUUAAAAUUGUUUGUUAUCAUUUUUAUUACUGUUCUAAGUGCUGUUUACAUUCGUAAAAAUUUCGAUCACUUUUUCGAUGUAUCAAUUCCAACUUUAGAAGAAAUAUGGUGGGGUCCAAAAUCGAUUAAAGCAGACAAUAAAAUCAGAUCUUUUAAAAUAGAUGUGUCGGAAGAUGUGAUUAAAGAUUUAAAAUAUCGAUUAGAAAAUGCUAGACCUUUUACGCCUCCUUUAGAGGGUAUUCAACAACAAUAUGGAAUGAAUACGAAAUUAUUAUCGGAUGUUGUGAAUUUUUGGAAAACUGAUUAUAAUUGGAAAGAGAGAGAAGAAUUUUUAAACAAAUAUCCUCAAUUUAUAACAAACAUUCAAGGUCUUGAUAUACAUUUUAUUCACGUAAAACCUAAAAAUAUACCAUCUGGUGUUAAAAUUCUUCCAUUAUUAAUGUUACACGGCUGGCCAGGAAGUAUAAGAGAAUUUUAUGAAAUAAUUCCAUUUCUAACAGAAUUAAACGAAUAUAAUAAAAAGUCGAAAAUAAUUUUUGAAGUGAUUGCGCCAUCUUUACCGGGUUACGGUUUUUCUAAAGGUGCCAUUCGACCCGGUAUGGGACCGGCAGAAAUUGGGGUUGUAAUGAAGAAUUUGAUGUUAAGAUUAGGAUUCGAUAAAUAUUACCUUCAAGGUGGUGAUUGGGGAGCGAACAUUGUGGCUCAUAUGUCAGCUUUAUUUCCAAAUCACAUUCUUGGAACGCAUUCAAAUAUGUGCCUGGCUAUGACGCCAGGAAGUUUUAUAAAAUAUUUAUUAACCCUAAUCACCCCAUCUUGGUUAAUUAAAGAAACAGAAAAAGUGAUUAUGACACCGUUUGAAAUUUUUGAAUUGGGGUUGUUAGAAACUGGAUAUUUUCAUGUUCAAGCGACAAAACCUGACACGAUAGGGGUGAGUUUAGAUGAUUCACCGGUUGGGUUGGCCGCUUAUAUGUUGGAGAAAUUUACAACGGGAACUCUUAUUGAUUACAAAAAUAGAGAAGAUGGUGGAUUGAAGAUUAAAUUUACUUACACAAAUCUUUUGGAUAAUGUUAUGAUAUAUUGGGUUAACAAAUCAAUGACGACUGCCGCAAGAUUAUAUUCUGAAGGGUUUAAUAAAAAUCAAUUUAAAAGAGGACUUGAGAGAACGCCUGUAACUGUUCCAUAUGCCUGUGCCAAAUUUCUCAACGAUAUGCACAUGCCAGAUAGUUUUCUUACAACAAGAUUUAAAAAUUUAAUACAUUCGAAAACUUAUGAGGGUGGACACUUUGCAGCAAUGGAAGUACCAAAAACAUUAGCUGCGGAUAUUUAUAUGGCAUUGGAAAAAAUUGAAAACCUUCAAUCAAACAAUAAUACAGAAAAAUAAAUGUAUGUAUUUUUUGUAUAUACUCUGAUAUGUAAUAGUUGUUAAAGGGUUAAACAGAAAAUAAAUUGAAAAUCACAUU